CGCAGGGCAUCUCCCGGGAGCCGGGCCGUGUCCCCGCCCGGAGCGCCGCUCUGUGCCGCUCUGGGCGGCAGGGGGAGCCCGGGAGCUCUGGGCAGAGGCGGCGAUCGCAGCGUCGGUGCUGCAUUCCCCCAAGCAUUGGCCGCGGCCCGCGCGCUGGGAACUUCCCGCACGCACUCAGCCGCCUGCUCCGCACCCUCAAUUGUUGCUGAGCCUUGGCGCUCGUCGACAAAGCAGCUGAUUUUUGCUUUCUUGGAGAUAGGGAUGAGCAAUGAGCUGCCGGCGGAAUUUGGCAAUGAGGAGAGGGAAAGGCAGUUUCGUGCCAGCAGCUAAGUUGUAAAAUUGCUUUGGAGGCUGCCCGGGGAGCACGAUAGCGCUGAAAAGAACAGACACCGUUGCAGACCAAAGGCAUGCCCGGCUGCACUUGAGUCCGAUCGCUGGGUCGCAGCCUCUGCUCCUGCUCCAACUCCUUGGGGCCGAAUAAAGGCAAGGAGACUAGAAACACGAAUCGCAAGUGGUAUUCCUGAAAGGAAAACACAUUUACUCCAAAAGGAGGGGAGGAACAGCCUAGCUGGUGUGUACACUUUUUUUUAAAGGCGAAUCCCUCAGACAAUACUCCAAGUCAUGCGGAAAUGAGAGCAACUCAUGAAACCCCUCCUCCAAGAGAGAAUGCCAUUCAUAAAUGGAACUUUGGUUCUGGUUUUCACAGGACAUUGACUUUGUGGCAGAGCCACGCUGCCCUCCCAGCUGUUUUCAAUGAUUCACAGAACAUCUGAACAGUGAUGCCUGCCUUGGGUUUACAGAUUUUCAUCCUGCCACCUUGUUUAUGUUUUUGGAGUAGAGAAGCCUGCGCUAAUUGCUCUCCAUGGUGGCUAAUUUUUUCAAGAGCCUGAUUUUACCUUACAUACAUAAGCUUUGCAAAGGAAUGUUUACAAAGAAAUUGGGAAAUACAAACAAAAAAAAAGAGAAUCGUGAGCAGAAAAGGGAUCAAGACUUUCCUGCUGCCGGCCACACCAAAACCCCCAGACUUUCUAAUACCUUGAAAAGUACCGUAAAGAAGAUUGCCAAGUGUUCAUCCACUCGCAACUUAUCCGCUGAAGAAGAUGAAGCUAACAAAGAAUUUUCCCUCUCACCAACAUUCAGUUACCGAGUAGCUAUUGCCAAUGGCCUACAAAAAAAUAUUAAUGUAACCAACAGUGAUAAUGAAGAUCUGCUUCAAGAGUUAUCUUCCAUUGAGAGUUCCUACUCAGAAUCCCUCAAUGAACUAAGGAGUAGUGUAGAAAACCACCCACAGUCAACACUCAUGAUGCCGGUUAAACGCAAUAGGAAGAGUUCAAGCAGCCUGGCUCCUUCGGAGGGCAGCUCUGAUGGGGAGCGCACUCUGCAUAGCUUAAAACUAGGAGCUUUACGUAAACUGAGGAAAUGGAAGAAGAGUCAAGACUGUGUCUCCUCAGAUUCAGAGUUGAGCACAAUGAAGAAAACCUGGGGAAUAAGAAGCAAAUCUUUGGACAGAACUGCCCGAAACCCAAAGACAAAUGCCCUGGAGCCAGGAUUCAGUUCCUCUGGCUGCAUUAGUCAAACACAUGAUGUCAUGGAAAUGAUCUUUAAGGAACUUCAGGGAAUAAGUCAGAUUGAGACAGAACUUUCUGAGCUACGAGGGCAUGUCAAUGCUCUCAAGCAUUCCAUCGAUGAGAUCUCCAGCAGUGUGGAGGUUGUACAAAGUGAAAUUGAACAGCUACGUACAGGGUUCGUCCAGUCUCGGAGGGAAACCAGAGACAUCCAUGAUUAUAUUAAGCACUUAGGCCAUAUGGGGAGCAAGGCAAGCCUGAGAUUUUUAAAUGUGCCCGAAGAAAGAUUUGAAUAUGUUGAACUUGUGGUGUACCAAAUUCUCGUAGAUAAAAUGGGUUUUUCAGAUGCACCAAAUGCUAUUAAAAUUGAAUUUGCUCAGAGAAUAGGACACCAAAGGGACUGCCCAAAUGCAAAGCCACGGCCCAUACUGGUGUACUUUGAAACUCCUAAGCAAAGGGAUUCCGUCUUAAAAAAAUCAUAUAAACUCAAAGGAACAGGUAUCGGAAUCUCAACAGAUAUCCUUACUCAUGACAUCAGAGAAAGAAAAGAGAGAGGGAUCCCAUCUUCGCAGACAUAUGAGAGCAUGGAUAUAAAGUUGUCUACUCCAGAGCCCCAAGUCAAGAAGAAUAAUUGGCAGCUACCAGAUGACAGUGAUGGAGAGCUGGAAUCUGACCUCAAUAGAAACAGUUACGCUGUGCUUUCCAAGUCAGAGUUCCCAACAAAGGGAAGUAUUUCCAAGUCAAGUUCAAAAUCACACAGUGCUAGAGCCAAAAAUAAAACUGCUAGUAGCAGCAAAAUUUCAAAUAAAUCAGAUUAUAAUAAACUUUCUUCACAAUUGCCAGAAUCAGGGACCUUGGAAAAGCAAACUACAACCCAUUAUGGAGAUGCAACACCCCUCUGGCACUCACAGAGUGAUUUUUUUACUGCAAAGCUUAGUCGUUCUGAAUCAGACUUUUCCAAACUGUGUCAGUCUUACUCUGAGGAUUUUUCAGAAAAUCAGUUUUUCACUAGAACGAAUGGAAGCUCCCUCUUGUCAUCUUCAGACCGGGAACUUUGGCAAAGGAAACAGGAGGGCACGUCUACCUUGUAUGACAAUCCCCAGGACUUACUUUUGGAUGGGGCUGUUCAGGGUGUCCAAGGGAACACAGAAACUGUGGAUAGUGGGAUGAGUAAUGGCAUGGUAUGUGCAUCUGGAGACCAAAGUCAUUACAGUGAUUCUCAGCUCUCUUUACAUGAGGAUCUUUCUCCAUGGAAGGAAUGGAAUCAAGUAGAGCAAGGAGCUGAUUUAGGUUUGGAUUCAUCCACUCAGGAAGCUUUUGACUAUGACACAAACAGUCUAUCUGAUCAACAACUAGAUGUUUACAAUAAAGACCAAGAAGACUCGGGGAAGUGCCAUAGUGACCUUCAGGAUGACUCCGAGAGCUAUGAUUUAACCCAAGAUGACAACUCAUCUCCAUGCCCUGGAUUGGAUAAUGAACCACAAGGCCAAUGGGUUGGCCAAUACGAUUCUUAUCAGGAAGCCAAUUCUAAUGAGUUGUACCAAAAUCAAAGCCAGUUGUCCAUAAUGUAUCGAAGUCAAAGUGAAUUGCAAAGUGAUGAUUCAGAGGAUGCCCCGCCCAAAUCUUGGCAUAGUCGAUUAAGCAUUGACCUUUCUGAUAAGACAUUCAGCUUCCCCAAGUUUGGAUCUACACUACAGCGGGCCAAAUCCGCCUUGGAGGUGGUGUGGAACAAAAGCACACAGAGUCUCAGCGGGCAUGAGGACAGUGGCUCUUCCUUAAUGGGGAGAUUUCGGACAUUAUCACAAUCAACUGCAAAUGAAUCAUGUACCACCCUGGACUCUGAUGUUUACACAGAACCUUAUUACUACAAAGCAGAAGAUGAGGAGGACUAUAGUGAACCAGUGGCAGAUAAUGAAACAGAUUAUGUUGAAGUGAUAGAACAAGUGCUGGCUAAGCUAGAAAACAGGACUAGUAUUACUGAAACAGAUGAGCCAAUGCAGGAAUAUGAUCACUCUUCUUAUGAAACACCUUAUGAAACCCCACAGGAUGAGGGAUAUGAUGGGCAGGCAGAUGAUGUGGUUAGUGAAGGAGGGCUGGAACCCUUAAAUGAAACGGUACCGGAAAUGGAAAUAAAAGAAGAUGAAAACCAGAACAUUCCUGAACAGCCCGUGGAAAUCACAAAGCCAAAGAGAAUCCGUCCCUCUUUCAAAGAAGCAGCUUUAAAAGCCUACAAGAAGCAAAUGGCAGAGUUGGAAGAGAAGAUCCUGGCUGGAGGUACUCAUGUUUCAAUGAUACAUUAUGAGCUGAUUGUGUUUUAA